AUGCAAUUGAGGAACGGCCACACCACGGAACCUGCGGAAGAAGGUCAGAGCUCCCAAGCUGCACAACAAGCUGGGAGUUCUGCACCUGCUCCUCGAAGCCGCCUUACCUCAAUAGAAGGAAAACGCGCUGUAGGACGGCCACGUUUAGCCCCUGCAAUUCCGGUGGACGAUUCCGUGCAGUCUGAAAAACGCGCGAAACAACUCAAUUCGGGCAGGGAGAGGACGGCUCGAUGGCUGGCAAACAAAAACCAUCAAAACGAGCGGUCGCGACAUCUCGCACCGUAUUACUACAUACGCCGUGACACUUCGUAUCCAGAUGCCGUAUAUCCUUACAGCGAGGAUUCCGACUCUGAUUUUGAGUUGUUGGAUGGAUCUGAAGCUGACGACGAGUCUGAUGCUCAAGCCAAGGCCGAACGUGAAGAAGAGCAUCGAUUGGAGUAUCGCGACAACUUUGGUGGUGAUCGCGCGAGGCAGGUAGCACUUGCGCUGAUUCAGCAGCAACGCCAAAAUCGUGUAAUCAAUGUUUCUUCCUCGGCACAAAUCGCGCGUGAUGCCGAGGAUGCUGAGGAUGCUGACGAUGCUGACGAUGCUGACGAUGCUGACGAUGCUGACGAUGCCAUUUCCGUCAACGCUGAGCAGCCUGCCAAUGAUGACGCCGCAGAUCUUGCUGUCCGGGAGACCGACCAGUUAUCUUCCGAUGACGAUGCUAGUGAUGCGUAUGAAUCGUCUGAUGCAAGUGGCGCUUCGAGGCCUCUCCGUUCUAAUCGACAACCAUGUUUAUUCUUCUCCAGCCCGAGCAGCUCGGACGAGCAAGAGCGUCCUUCGGAUGGAGAGCAGUCGUCUGAUCACGAAUGUAUCAGUGACAUUGAAUUGGACUCGACGAUCUCGUUGGAACAAUCCUUGGAGGCGGAGCCAGAUGAGGAGGAUGUCAUCCAAGAGUCGGAUAACAACCAGUCUGACUGGGCCGGUAUUCAAUUGUCCGUGGAGCAGUUCUGCGUGUCACGAUGA